AUGGCAACGGAUCCAAUGAACGAACCGAUUCUCGUAACCGGCAGCUACGACCACACGAUCCGCGUGUGGCAACCAUUCUCAGCCCUCUGCCUUCGCAACAUGCAGCACGUCGACUCGCAAGUAAACUCGCUGGACAUCGCCUCGAAGCGGAAUUUGCUGGCCGCCAGCGGAUACCAGCACAUUCGGCUGUACGACCUCAAUUCCAACUACCCGAUCAUGGACUACGACGCGGUGAAGAAGAACAUUACGCGUGUCGGCUUCCCGGAGGAUGGUAAGUGGAUAUUCACCGGUGGGGAGGACGGCAAGGUGCGCAUCUGGGACAUGAACUCGCAGACGCUGAUCUGCCAGCGGAUCUUCGACUGCCAGAAUCCGGUGAACGCGGUUUGUCUGUUACCGAAUCAAUUUGAACUGCUAAUGGCGCACCAGGGUGGGGGCAUCUACUUAUGGGACGUAAAGUCGGACCAGCACGAUCACCUGCUGCCGGAAGUCGAAUGCUCGAUUCUGGAUGUCGCGGUCAGCCCAAACGGGGCGUAUAUGGCCGCAAUCAACAACAAGGGUAACUGCUUCAUCUGGACGCUCUCGAGCUGGAGCGGCCCACCUGGACCAGAGAGACAGCUGACCCGAUCCGAGGCGAAACUUAAGAUACCGGCGCAUGAGAAGUGCGCGUUACGGUGCAAGUUCAGCCCGGAUUCGAGCCUGCUGGUGACCUGCUCGGGUGAUAGUACAGCUCGGGUUUACCGCACCGACAACUGGACACUGUUCGCCGAGCUGCGCAUCGACCGGUACUGGAUGUGGGACGUCGCGUUUAAUAACGACUCCAAGUACCUUUUCACCGCCUCCUCAGACAAUAUGGCGCGGUUGUGGCGCAUCGACACCAAAACCGUGGAACGGGAGUACGCUGGCCACCUGAAGCCGGUCACCGCGCUUGCCUUUCGGGACGAGCCGGUGAGGAGUACCACCGAUACCACCGGCACUGGGCUAUCCUCGACUCACUGAGCACUCUUUCCCGGUGCAUCUUUUGUUAAUUGUAAAUGGAUUACUUUCAUACUCUUAUUGUGUGGCCCUGCUAACGUAUGCGAAUCUACGCAGGGGUUAUGUACAGAU